AUGAAGGUCCUUGAAAGCGUCGCCUACGCGGCCGCCCUGGUUCCUCUUGCGGCUGCCGAUUGGCAAUUCAAGUCUCGUACAGACCUGGCCCCGCCUCGUCUGAACAUUACUAUCCCCGCAGCGAGCGAUACCGACAAGGGAUAUCUUUUCGUCGCCCCGUUCCCGGGACAAUGGGCUGAGCCUCAGUUCCACGGUCCCCGACAGGAGGCCCCGUAUAUCUUCCGCGAUGACGGCGAACUCGUCUGGUCCGGAUACACCUACUAUUCUAUCUGGACGGCCAACUUCCAAGCUGCGCGCUGGAAGGGCCAGGAUGUGCUAUUCAGCUUCGAGGGAGAUCAUAACCCGGCCUACGGUCACGGUCAUGGCCAUGCGACAAUCCUGAACCAGAACUAUGAGACGAUUCGGGAGCUGCGAGCUGGCAAUCACAAGCUCAUGGAUAAGCACGAGUUCCAUGUCAUCGACGAAAAGACUGCCCUCCUCCAGGUUUACCAGCCUAUCCCCACGGAUCUGAGCCGCUGGGGUGGCAGUUCGGAGCAGCAGUGGAUCGUGGAUGCCAUAUUCCAAGAGCUGGAUAUCGAGACCGGCGAGCUGCUUUUCGAGUGGUCCAGCCUUGAGCAUGUCACUCCUGAUGAGGGGGUUCUCCCUCUCAACCCCGGCCAGGCCGGAUCGGGCUACAACUCUUCCGACGCGUGGGAUUAUUUCCAUAUCAAUUCCGUCGACAAGGAUGCCAAUGGCGACUAUCUGAUUUCGGCCCGCGACGCUUGUGCGGUGCACAAGAUAAACGGCACCACUGGCGAGAUCAUCUGGCGUCUGGGCGGUCUUCACUCGGACUUUGAUCUCGGUUCCAACGUCGCAUUCUGUUUCCAGCACCACGCGCGCUACGUCUCCAAGGACGGAGAUGAAGAGAUCAUCUCGCUCUUCGAUAACUCUGCCCACGGAACCGAGAACCACCGCGGACAUGAAGUGCACACGCACCCCUUCUCCCAGGGUAAGGUCAUCUCCGUCAACACGGCCACCUGGACAGCCGAGAUCGUUCAGGCGUUCCAGCCGCCCGAUGGGCUUCUCGCCAAGUCUCAGGGAAGCACCCAACUCCUACCCAACGGCAAUGCACUGGUUAACUGGGGAUCUGAGGGCGCCGUGACCGAGUUCCGCUCGGAUGGAACUCCCAUUUUCCAUGCCUACAUGGACUCGGGAUCUCUGGGCGAGGGUGUUGAGAACUACCGCGCCUUCAAGUACAACUGGACUGGUAUCCCCACCGAAGAACCCGCUAUCGUGGCUGAGAAGACCCCCUCUGGUACCGCAGUAUAUGUGUCGUGGAAUGGCGACACCGAGACAGCCGUCUGGCGUUUCUAUGCAGUGACCGACCGGUUCGGGUCACGGUCGUUCCUGGGUGAAGCCGCGCGCGAUGGCUUUGAAACCGCGUUCUUUGUGACUGGCCACUCGUACGCGCAUAUCGCAGCCGAGGCUGUCUCUGCGCGGGGCAAAAUUCUCCGCGCCACUCAAACGGCUGGCCUGCAGGAGCAGGUCAUCCCGGGUCACCAGGCGGUUGUGGCUGAUUUUUCGGACCGUUCAUCGUGGAGACAGAUCAUCCUGCGGGCCUAA